UAGACAAUGACGUUAUUUUAUUUCAUUUACUGCCAUCGUUGUGUUGUAAAAGAACAAGAGGUGCGAGUGUGUGCAUGCCAUCUCUCGCAGAAGCCAGAAAGGCCUUUAUCCUGCAUGUCCUUAUUCCGGGGGAUUUGAAUCGUCAAGUCAAAGCACAUAGCGAGUGGCUAGCAAGUCGUGGCCUGAGCUUACAGCCGACGUUGUUAUUUGUUGGACCUUCUUUAUCGAAUAUCACUGCCAGUUAUGUUCAAAUAGAUACUGUGCGGUAUGAGCUUCGUACUCCAUUAAAAGCUCUGGACACAUGCUUCAAAGCGUUUCAUGCACUGGAUGCUGCAUACCAAGAAGAGUGUCAAGCAGUCUGGCUUUUUAUCCAGAGGUAUUUUUAUGAUAUAUACCUUAAAGAGGAUUGUAAUAUUCCUCGAGUGACAAGUGUGCUAAGCUCUUUAAAGGGAUUGAUUUGGAAAAAAAUUUAG